AUGAUGACAAAUGACACAGGAAACCAAGUUUCUGGGCUCAAUUAUAAUGAAGAAAGAAAAAAGCAGUUGGUGGAGAAUGAGUGUUUGAAAGGUAAUGAGAUAGUUACAAAGGAUGUUGUUGAAAGUGAAUUGCACAUUGGAGUACCCAUUGAAGAUGAAACAUCUGUGCCAGUGGUUGGAAUGAAGUUCCAAAAUUACGACAAAGUGUUUGAAUUUUACAAAAAAUAUGCCGCUCGUGUGGGUUUUCCAGUUAGAAAGAGAAGUUCAAGGAAAGACGAAGACGGUGUCAUAAAAAAUGCAAUGUUUACUUGUAGCCGAGAGGGACAAAAAAUGAAAUCAACUUCCGCUACUUUCAAACCACAACCCACCAUUAAAAAUGGGUGUGAAGCUCGGUUGACAGCUUGUUCGGAUAUUACGGGGACGUGGAAAAUUACAGGUGUCCAUCUCGAGCAUAAUCAUGCUAUAAGUCCCUCUAAAUCAAGAUUAUAUCGUUGCCAUCGUCAGUUAAGCACCAAUAUUAAACGACGACUUGAGGUAUGGUUUACUGUGAGAUUAUAUCCAAAGAGGAUGGAUGUGAGAAAUUCUUACGGGGACAUAAAUACAUGGUUCAGGAGGAUUGGUGGCCGACAAGGUGGCGAAUGA